AUGUGGCAUGCAGACGGUGGCUUUGAGGCUAUUCUCAACGCAGACGUUAUCUUCGCUUCACCAAAUGCGACCUUUCGUCUCCCCGAAGUCCUCCGCGGUGUCUCUGCUCUCACAGGCGCAUUGACCCGGUGUAUGAUGCUCUUCGGCAACCACCGGACGAUAGACCUCGCACUCACAGGCCGGAUCAUGUCGGUGGAUGAGGCGCAUACUUGGGAGUUGGUCAAGGAGAUUGCAACGCAGGAGAAGCUGCUCGAGAGAGCACUUGACUAUGCUCGUCUGAUCGUUGCAUUGAGUCUUGACAGCGUUAUUAUCUCGCGAUUGGAGGCGCGUGAAGCAUGGGAGACUGGCGUUAGCCGAGCGACUAUGCGCGGACAGGAGCUGUGGGCCGAAGCGAUGCUCAGGAGCAAAAAUACGACGGAGGGACUGGCGGCAUAUCGUGAGAAGAGGGACUCAAAGUGGUUUCUAUCGCAUUUAUAG